CCUAUCUGCUACACUGCCAAUUGCGACUUCUCAGAGAGAGCCCUUAUCAACUACAGGUGGUUUGAUGCCAAGAACAUCACCCCCCGCUACGAGUUCGGCUACGGCCUGUCAUACACCACCUUCACCUACGGUAACGUCGAAAUCAAGAAUACGAGGCUACGAGGAUCUCUGGCACGAGGUCCAUUAUCACCCAUUGCAACUCGACACAGAUAUGAUCCGGGUUAUCUGUGGCCUUGACCCAGAUGUGGAACUGAUGCGGGCUGUUACCUGGCAGAGUCGUUGGCGAGACACACGGCGGCCACAGUAUCUGUCCAAGCAGCAGAGGGACCAGAUAGAGGAUCAUCCAGACCUGGAAGGGGCCUGCCGCAAUCUGCACAAUGCUCACGCCUGUUACAAAGAGUCCCAGCAACUGAGCUUACUGGAUUGUAUCCACCAACAACAGAAAGAAUUGAAGAACACCUGACAACGGCUGUUGAGGGCCUUAUGGCAUCAAGUCUGAGAGAACUUUGAUGAAGAGCAAGCAUUUCUGGAUACUGAGGCGCAGUUGUCUAAUACCACAGUAAAGGAUGAAAGCAAGGACAAAGAAUCAUCUUCAGUUACUUCUUCAGCGACUUCUCUUGUACCCAACU